GCACAUCUAUCUUACGCUCCCAUCUCAGAACCCUAUCUCCCGCUUCUGGACUCAUAUUAUAGUGUGGCGGUGUGUCGAUGGCCUCGCAAGUAGAGGGAGGAAUAAUGAUGACAGAACCCCUCACUGAUAUCACGUCAUCAAUUGAUGAUCCGUAUCUCACGGAGACAUUACUCAGUAGCGACAAUCCCAACGUGAGCGAAAUGAGAUGCACACUCGAAGGGGAAUGCACAACAUUUUGUCAUCCAUAUCCCUCACCAGUUCCAAACCCAGUCGAGCAACAAGCAACAGAUGACUUAUUAUCAGUUUGUCUACGUGAUGUUUUGUCAGACCGCCUUACAUCAUGGAAUACCAAUGCGAAGCAACUUUUUUACUACCAAGACCAUCAAGACAACCCCAUUGCCGGCGCGAGAUUUAUCCGACGAACCCUGUUGUUCGCAUUCACGAGACUUUAUGACAAGAAGCAAGAGUUCCGGUCAAGAGAUCUGGAGUCGCAAGCAAAGAUAUUCUUAGGUGAUUGGUUUGAUGGUGAUGACAUGUGGGGUAAACAUCGAGUCUUCCCAAGGAGCAUAGACAAAAGUGUAUUCGUCGCGGUUGCGGUAGGAACUCGUAUGAGGCUUUGGAAGUGCUCGAAAGUUGCAGAUGCGGCAAAUGGUGUGGAUAUAACGCCGCUAUGGGGAGGUGUGAAGGAAGGCGAUUGGGGAGAAUAUCUUGAAAUAGGAGAUUCAGUUGAAGGAGUCUGGUUAAGGAACGAAAUAGUGAAAAUGCUUCUCGGGGCGGGGGAGAUGGUGAGGUGACAUGCCGGUGAGAUAGAUUCAUAUGUGCAGUACAAGUAGCGUUGCACAGCACCGCACUCGCUCAACUCAACCAUAGUGAUUGGGAGAAAC